AUGACCCGUAAGUAACUUGCAUCGUUGUUUUUAUGGUCACGUACGAAACGAACAUAAAAAUAACAGAGGAACUUGGAAUCAUAUCUAUAUGCUGCCCGUCUGCCAUUUGCGAAUAAUUCGAAGAUCGAAAAAUAUUUUAACGUAAAUUAUAACCAAUUAUUUAUAUUUUUCUGUUUACGUACAAGCAAUCACUUCUAACGAAUAUAAUUUUAUUUCUUCACGCUGGAGGAGUUCUUAUGUGUAUUUACAUACUUUUACGCAUUAUGUGAUUUUAUAUUCUACGUUUCAUUGUUUUAAUAUUUUUCACUGAUAAAAUAUCUUAAGUUAACAAAAUUAUUUUACAAUUGGCGUAACAUUCUCAUUUCAUCUCGUUUCGUUUUAAAAGUUCAAAAUAGCAUUUCUAAAAAAUUCUGAACUUGACUUUUAUGGUAUAAUGUUGUCUUGCAUUUCAUUACUCUAUUUCGUUGAAAAUUUGUUUCUAUUAUAAUUUAAUAUUGUCUAAUAAUUUGCAUUUUUUACUUUUACAAUUAAAUUCCAUUAUUUAAGGUAGAAUAGAAUUUUAUUUAUAAUGUAAUUAUAUUAUAGGCUAUUUUAGUAUUUGAAUUGUUAUUUGUUUUUAAUGUUUUUUAAAAUAUUUAAUUUAAUAAAAUUUAUUAUUUGGUAUUACCAUGCAAUAGAACCAAAUUUUAAUCAGUAUCUAAUUAAACAAACUCUUGCUGGUUGAGUCCACUUAUUUGAACCUAAAUUUUUAUUAUAUGGAUGAAAAAUUAUUAAUAAAGGGGAGAAUCAGUGGACUCCUAUCAUAUGAACUCUAAUUAUAUAAAGUAUUUGUCCCUAGAUAAAUUCAUAUAAAUGGAUAUUCACUUACUUGGGAAUAUAUAUUUUUGAUGUAGGUGGAAAUCAGCGAGAGUUAGCACGAGCCAAAAAUAUGAAAAAAACUGUUAGAAAAUCUGCAGCUGAACAGGAAAGCAAUAAGGGUCUUUCAUUAGAACAGCGGAAAGCACGGUAAUAGUAUUUUAUAUGUACUUAAAUUUUCAUGCAUUUUUUUACAUAUUUGAUAUUUAUCAGUAGAUUAUAAAGAUUAUCGUUAAUAAUUAUAUCAAAAGUUAAAUGACUUUAAUAGAAUUUUGAAAUGGUAAGAAUAUUCUAGAUUCUAAAAUGAUUGAUUCAAAUUUUUUCCAACAAUAUAUAUCAUAAUAUAUAAAAUUAUCUUGUUUCUUUUGUUCUAGAGACGCAGAACGAAUGAGAGAAAAACAACUCAAGAAACAGCAAGAGCCGCAAGAAAAAGUCAAAUAAGGUACAAGAUAAUUUCUUCAGUUACAAGAUGUAAAUUGUUCGAUUCAAGAAUAAAAUUUUAAGUAUGGUUUUAAAAUUCUUGAUUAUGAAGUAUCAAGGCUAUGCUUAAUGUGAGUGCAUAAAGUAUUCAUAGUGUUUUUAAUUAUAGAAAAUAUCUUCAGACUAUAAUGCAGUAUAUAUUACAAAACUAGAUUCAAGUAAUCAUAUUACAAGUUUCAAGUAAUCAUGUUAGUGUGUACAAAAAUAUUAUUAUCUAUACUAUAGUUAAAGAAAAUGCGCAUUUGACUUGUUCAUCUAGGUAUAAGGACAUUGAUUAACUAUAAGAGUAUUUAUAGUACUAAUUUUUAAGUUGUAAAUUCAGAUUUUUAGUUAUUUAAUAUGAUGUAUAAGUGAUUCAUAAAUUACAUACCAUGUAAAGAAAACACAUACAUUUGUGAUUCUGUUUGGCUCAUAAUAAAUUGUUUAAUUUUAAAAUAUUUUAGAUUUUUUUAUUUUUAUACUAUAUUAACAUUUCGAUACAAGUAAUUUUAUUUAAUUAUAUUUCAUAUAGAUUAUUUAAUUAUAUUUCAUAUAGAUUAUUUUAAUUAACUGAUACUAAUAUUGAUAGGUAUACAUGUAUUUUUAUUAUUUAUUUCCUUGUACAUUCGUUACAAUUUUGUAUAAGAAAAAAUUAUAUUAAUGAAAUUUUCAACAUGUUUAAUUUAAAAUAUAGCUAUAUAGAAUUUAUCAAAACAAAAAAGAGACAUUAAUUGACCAUUACCUAUUUUUUAUUGCACUUUCCCAGAGAUAGUACAUAUUUAACAUAUUUAUUUAUUACUUGAAAAAUUUGGUAUAAAUUUUACAAAUACUUGGAAUAUUCGAAACAAAUAUUUGAAACUGAUAAAAACAAUGAAAUUUUAUAAUUCAUAUGUAAUGCUUAUUAAAAGAUAAAAUUUUAAAGAUAUAAAAAUCUUGGGUAAUAUGUUAUAUUGUACAAUAAGCCUCUAAAAAUUAAAAUCCCUAAAAAUAGAUUAUAAAUAAGAGCUAUUCGACUUAUUUUUAAAUAAAGAAAAAAUUCAUGGUUUGUUUUUCCUUUAGCACUAAACUAUAUUAGUUCACUAAUACAUUUAUAAGCACAGAAUUUUCUUUCAUUAAUUAUUUAUCAAACAUUUCGUAUAUAAGGAACCAUAUUACAUAUUGAGCGUUUAUGUAAUUAUACUGUAUGUUUCAAAGUAUAAUUAUAAAAUUUAAUUUGAUGAAUUUAUAUAAAUUUAUAUAAAUAUCGAAUUAAAAAUUAGUUUGCACGAAAUAUUUGUUACAUAAUGAUUACGAGUGUUGUAUUGUUUCUACUUUUUAAAUUUUCAAUAUGUAGUUAAAAAAAAUAAAUUUAACUAAAUAUAUAAAUUACAUUAGUUAUAUAAUGAAUUAGGCAAACAUAUAUAUAUAUAUAUAUAUAUAUAAUAUAUAUAUACCUCCAUAUAUAUAUAGUUACCUCCAUUUUAUUGGAAACAUAUUUUAUCAAAUAAUUUAAUUUUUCUUAUACAAAAAAAUGUAAAUUGUGAUUUACAAACAGUGUAACUUUUUUAACACAUAAAAAAAUUGUUCUUUACAUAAUAUAUUCCAACAAAAAUGUAAUAUUACAAAAAAGAUAUAUUAUCGUAUUGUUUAAAUCAAAUACUACGUUCUAUGUAUUAUUGAUAUUUUAAUAUGUAGUAUUGAAUUUAUUUUUACUGAAUAUGAGAAUUCUUUUUGAUCAAAUAUCUAAAUGUAUUAUUAAACAUUACUAUUUUUAAUAUUUUUUAAUAAUAGUUUAAACAUUAAUUUUUAUUUAACGAAUAAAUUUUUGAUCAAAUUGCUAAUUAAAAAAUGCAGUUACCUUUUAUAAAACUUUUAAUAAAUGGAAUAUUAUUAUACGCUAGAAAGAAUAUUUAUGGUUAUUACAAAAUUAUAAAACUGUGUAUGUAUACAUGUUUAAUUUUAUAGAACUUGAAUUCAAACUUUUUCUUCUUUUUGAGUUAUACUAGCAGUUAAAUACCAUUAAGUUUGUUCUUUUGUUUAUAUGUGUUUUUAGAAGAAUAAAAAUUAUAAUUAAUCAAAUAGCAAUUACAUUUCAUCAAAUCAUAUGAAAUACGUAAUUUAGAAUCGAUUUUCAUUUUAUAAUCUUGAUUAUAAAUUUUAGUAUAUUAAUUGUAUUCUAUAUAAGAAUAUUUUAAUAAUGCAAUGCAAAACAUUACUUGUAAAAUUAUAAUUUUUGAUUGAUUUUUUAAAUGAACAAUAUUAAUUUUUAUAUAAAGCUAUGAUAUCAAGUUAAUAGUAAGUAUAUUUUUGAAUCUUUUCUGAACACUGAAAAUGCUUAUUCAUGCAAAAGAAUAUAUAAAAUAUGUAAUUUAUUUACAAAACUGUUAAAAAGAUUAGAGUAUGUUAUAACUAAACUGCGGAUUUUUAUGCAAAUUCAUCCUUGAGGAAACAAAUAAGAAAAUACACAUUCGAUAGAAAAUUGUUUUAUGUAGUAUAGAAAACAAUACUUUGAAUAUUUUAUGUAUUUUUUUUUUAUAUUAUGUGCAUUUUGUGUAAUUGAAUUUUUAAAUUUCUUCUAAAUGUAUAAAACUCCGCAGUCUAUUUAACAUAAUGAGUAUGCUAUGAAUUAUGUUAUUUAAUGAUGUACAUUUUAUAUAUGUAUGUACAUAUGUAAGACUGGAUAAUCUAUGUAACUGGAUCAAGCUAAAAUUUUGAAAUUAAUUUUAAAAAUAUUUUAACUUUAAUUUAUUAUUAGUAUAAUUAA